AUGGCGAGCGGCGGGAAGGGAAGGGAGAACAGUGCCACUCAAUAUUGCUCUUCUUUCUGGUGUGUGUUGUGACAUGUAGUGUGGUGGUACUGUCUGGCUGGCUGGCUCCCUCAUUCCAUGUUUCCCUGAUCCUUCCCUGGCAUUAGUGGUUGUCUGGUAGUCAUGUACAUUAGUCUGUGAUAGUGUGGCGAGUGUGUUUGUGUCUUCUAGCAGUGUUGGAGUGACGUUAGCUGCUGUGUGUCGCCUGGUAUGUUAUAGGGACUGGCUGACUGGCUAGCGGUUUUCCUCUCGCCCUCACCUUUCCCGCCCUUCGUGGUUGUUUGAUAGCAGUGCAAAUCGGCGUGUGUUAUUGUGGUGUUUGUGUCUUCUAUUGUAUAGAGUGACAGUAGCUUGGUGUGUUUGUCGAUGGCGUCGUCGAUGGAGCCCAGUGGGAGCAGCUGGGGUUUUUAUCUCAUUGUGGCAGUGUGUGUGUGCUUGUUCCUGAUGGCUUGUCGAUGUCGUUUGAGUGUGCGACUGAAUGUGACUUGAGAGAAAUGGGCUGGAGCAACUCUCUCUCUCUCUCUCUCUCUCUCUCUCUCUCUCUCUCUCUCUCUCUCUCUCUCUCUCUCUCUCUCUCUCUCUCUCUCUCUCUCUCUCUCUCUCUCUCUUGUGAAUCCGUUCUCCGUUAUUUGUAGCCCUUUACCUUGAUUCUUCUUGUGGGACUAACAAAAAGGUGCAGUUUAAAUCGUUUUAUUAUGGCGAAGUUGUUUUUGUUGUGGAACAAUUAUUGGGGUAUUCUGUAGCACAUUUUUCUUUGGCUUUUGAAUCUUGUUUUGAGGCAGUGUGUAGUUGAUUAGCAGUUGUGAUGUAGAUCUUUUGAGGCAGUUUAGUGAUCACCUUUUGGGAUCUGCCUUUACCUUGCUGCACUCGCCCUGACAUUCAUUAUCGUGACCCUCAAAAUGCAAGACAUGGAUCAAAACCGGGAUGCAAUACGCCUGAACUCUGUGCGGAGGAUAGACCCGCAUGUGAUGCAAAUUGUGGAUAGUGCCAACCGCACAGCCUUGUAUUCCUAUGAGCAGGGGGGUGAGUCUUGGGCCAAGACGGAUGUAGAGGGCACUCUGAUGGUGUAUUCCAGGCUGGCACCACCCCAUCACAUGGUCACCAUUAUCAACAGGCUGAACAAGUCAAACUUCAUAGAGCCACUGUCUUCUUCUUGUGACAUACAGGUCAAGCCACCAUACCUCCUCUUCCGGAAUGCUAAGGGUGUCAUCUAUGGAAUCUGGUUUUCUGAUGGGGAUGAUGUGCAGCGCAUUGCCAAUGCUAUCCAGGAGCACAUGAAAGGGGAGCCUCAGCCAGCCCCACAACCUGCCCCUAACAUUCUUGCUGACCCGGCUGUUGCAGUGGCUGGAGCGCCUGGCGGAGACAUCAUGAGUAUGCUGUCGCGGGCACAUGGAGAGUUUGAGAGCAAACGUCAGGAGCCACGCAGCAUUGUCAAUACUGCCACCAGCACGAAUAAUGACCUGGUGAAGCCAGCACCCCUUAGGGUGCAGGCAGGGGAACAGAACACUGUGGCAGAUUUCUUUGCCAAAGUGUCUGUUGCUCAGGCUGGAGGGGGUAUGGCUGGCCUUGGAGGUGCUGGCCUUCACUCUCCCUCUGGCUCUGCUCCACCACCAGCCUCAUCUACCAAUGCAUCCUCACCUGGCACCAAUCCAGUGCUGCAGAAACUAUUUCAGGGAGCAGCUGCAGUAGGAGGCCAGGCCAUGGUGCAGUUACCUGCUGGAGCUGCAGUCCAAGGCCAGCCAGGUGUUGGAGCCACAAAUCCUGUGCCCAUUCCUGGUGCUGGGCAUCAGAGCCAUGCCUCCUCCCUCUCUUCCAGUGUGCCCACUGGGGCACCAAUUUCCUUACAAGAACUGGAGGGCCGCUUCAAAGAUAACCUUAAGAUGUCUAGCCAGACCAGGGAGGAGGAGGCUUCCCCAGCUGUACAGCAGCAGCAGCAGCAACAACAGCAAAAGCAGCCCUAUGCUCCUCAGCUGCCUCAUUCAGAACCCUCACUACUUUCACCUCAAGUGUUCACCUCUUCUCGCACUUCAGAGCCACCUGUUUCUGGCACACCUCCGCUAGAAUCCCCUGGGCCCCGCAACUUUGCUGACCUUCUUGCCUCUAGCUCGACUGCCGUAGUGGAUGUACGGCCACUGAAUGGGUCCCAGGAGUCACUGCAUGAUGGGCUGCUUGGUUGCCCCUCACAAGUGACACCUCUCACACAGGAGCAGCUUGUUCAGGCUUUCACUUUACUUCUCAAAAAGGAUGACUUUGUGCGGCAGCUUCACGAAGCUUAUGUCCAAGCGCUAAACCAGUCCCUUAAGGGAUUCUUAUAGACUGUUAUGGAGUGCAAAUCAGUGCAUGUCAUUUAAUUCUGUUGUAUGCUGUUGCAUCUUCAUGUAUUAGUGCAUUCAUCACAUGGAGUGCAGUGUAUAAAUGUACGUGCAUCUGCUAAAGACAGAAGACAAAGGUUAUAUUUUUAGCAAAGGUUUUACAAAGUAUAUUCUGGACUGAGUGAAGAUAAUGAUUUAGCUUACUCGUAUGUAUUGUAAGGUACAUGUAUGUGCAUAUUAUAUAUAUAUAUAUACUAUACCUAUGCGAUAUGUGAUAAUUACUUUUUGUUUAUAACGCUACGAAAGGUCGGGGGAUUGUUGGAGCAUCUCCAUUCACUUAAGAAUUCUAUUUUAUUAUUGUGAUCAUUUUACUCUCUUUAGCACAAACUACACUGACUCCAUGUGCAGGUGUUUUCAAACUACUGUCACCAAUUCCUGGGGGCUGCCAAGGCUUCAUGUUCCAUCUAGAGCCAAGAGCAUUGUACUUGUAGGGGAGCAGUCAUUGCCUUUACCAGUUCAGCACCACUCAGUACAUUGCUGGUGUAGGGACAGGAGGCACUGAGGAAGUGAGUGAGGCCCCUCCACUGCCUCAUCUUUAUAGAGCAAACAUUUUUUCUUUUCUCAGUUUUAUACAGCACAGUUGAAUCCCAUGGCAGAAGAUGCAUUAUGUAUUGGAGUAUGAUUUUUCUUGCAGUGUUCUAAAGCACUGAAAGAGCUGUACCUGAGUCUGGUAUUGUUGAGGAAUAUAUCAACUUUUAAUUUUAUUUAGCUACAGAUUAUUACCACUGACAACUAGGCUGUUGUCUCUCAUAAAUUAUAUGAGAGACGCUAUGUGUUUUAAUUCCAAAGACUCAAAAUAUUACACUGUAAUGUGUACUACUCAUAUGAGAACAUUAAACAUGAGAUAAACUGUGAAUUCUUGUGCAAAA